UGCUUUCUUUCUUUCUGUAUGUCUUGGAUACUUCCUUUUCGAUCAAAAGAUAAACUAGUUGCGACUCAAUGUAGAAACUUGACUUUAUCUCUCUAUAGAUCUCUUUUACGCGCUGCUCACCAGUUCGACACACCGGAGCAACAAUGGUUUCUUCACAACACAAUACGUGAACGGUUUCGUUUUCAUCAAUGUGAAACUUCGAGACGUAAAAUUGUAUCUUUAGUAUCAGAAGGAGAUAAGGCUCUUCAUCAAUUGAAUCAGGCUCUUGAAGGUCAUUCUGCAACAAAGAAAUAUAUUCUUGAUCUCUCCUCUGCCAAGAUAGGUCCUUUGCAUCAUGUUAUUACAAAGUUACGCAAGAUACCAAAUCUCUUGCAACGAUCCAUCACAGCAACUGAUAUUCGAUCACAGGCAUCCAAACAUCGACACCCUUCAUUUUACGAUCGAAUAAGUUUACCCCCUCAUCUCAUCUCAGAUGUACGAUUAACAGGAUUAUCCACACCAGUACCCUCCAAUCGAAAGGAAUACAAAGUAGCAACAAAGACAUUAGAGAUAAUGCGACGACAACAGAAGAAUCGAAGGAAAAGCAUUGUCCGCGAAUGGAAACCAUAUCAAGUCAAACGAGUGGUCCAGGCUUCUAGUGGUUUCAAGUUUAUUCGACGACGUGGAUUUCGCCAACCUGUGACGACGUCUAUGAUGAUGAAACAACGAACACGAACAAUACAGAAGCGAUUGGAUCUUUAUUACCAUUUAAGAACACAACGUGAUUAUAUGAAAUCGGAACAAAUCUUUUUGAAUCAAUUGGGUGUGAAGAAUGAUUGUCGCGAAUAUAUACAACCUAUUACUGAAGCGAUCAAGAACAACAACACCUUUAUCCGUCCAACCAUAGACACAUGAUAGUAUCCCCAUCUUUCCCAACAAUCUCAUUAGAAUAGUUCCCACCAUAGAAUUAUUUGUAGAUAGGCACGCACACGCAUAUAUAUAUAUAUAUAUAUAUAUAUAUAU